AUGGCAAAACGGAGAGUCAAGAAGCGCACGCACGUCGGCGCCACCCUGCCCAAGAACACAGUAAAAGCCAAUGAUGGCGCGCCGAGGAGCAUGGUCAUUCGCGUCGGAGCCGGAGAGGUCGGCUCCAGCGUGUCGCAGCUGGUCAAGGACAUGAGGUCGGUCAUGGAGCCUGGCACAGCGACGAGGCUGAAAGAGAGGAAAUCCAACAAACUGCGCGACUACACGACAAUGGCUGGUCCUCUCGGUGUCACACACCUUAUGCUUUUCUCCAAAUCCUCCUCCGGAAACACAAACCUGCGCAUCGCAAAGACUCCUCGCGGACCCACAAUGCACUUCCGCGUCGAGAAAUACUCUUUGUGCAAGGAUAUCCAGCGCGCCCAAAAGCACCCCAGAACCGGAGGCCAUGAGUACCACAUGCCCCCUCUCCUUGUCAUGAACAACUUUACGAGCUCCCAGACCUCGACCAGCGCGGAGAACCCCAUCCCGAAGCAUCUUGAAAGCCUCACGACAACCAUGUUCCAAUCGCUUUUCCCGCCCAUCUCCCCCCAAGCCACGCCAUUGACCUCGAUCCGCCGCGUGCUACUCCUGAACCGCGAGCCCUCCCCCGACGACUCGAACUCUUACGUCCUCAACCUGCGACACUACGCAAUCACGACCAAAACCGUGACAAAGGACAUGCCCAAGAGCCUGCGCCGGCUGAACAACUCGGUCAAGGACAAGAAGAAGCGGGGGCUGCCGAACCUGGGCAAGCUCGAGGACGCCGCCGACUACCUGCUGGACCCGGACGCGGGCGGCGGCUACACCAGCGCGAGCGACAGCGAGGUCGAGACGGACGCCGAGGUCGAGGUCCUGGAGACGACGCGGAAAGUGCUCAACCGCAAAGACAAGCAGCGCGCGGCCGCGGAACGGCAAGGCGGCGGUGCUGGCGGCUCGGCCGGCGCGCGCGGCAACGUCGAGCGGAAGGCGGUGAAGCUGGUGGAGCUCGGCCCGCGCAUGAAGUUGCGCCUGCAGAAGGUCGAGGAGGGCCUCUGUGGCGGAAAGGUCAUGUGGCACGAGCACAUCACCAAGACUGCUGAAGAGGUCCGGGCGAUGGACAAGAAGUGGGACCAGCGGAGACAAGAGAAGGAGGAGCGGAGGCGCAUCCAGAAGGAGAAUGUGGAGAAGAAGAAGAAGGAGAAGAAGGCGCGGGGCGAAGAUGUCGACGAGGACGAUGAGGAGGAAGACUACGACGAGGAUAUGUCCGACGCCUGGGAUAGCGAAGGCCUUGAUGACGAGGGUGCUGGUGAUGUAGAAGAGGACGAAGAUGAGGAUAUGGAAGACGACGAAUGA